GCGUGUUGUCGCACAGGUCGAGUUCACCACGUCGUAGGUGUGGUGCAGGAAUUUGAGAUGAAAUCGUACUGUGACCGGCAAUUUGCGCUGCUACAGAGCCAAGUCCACAUGAGCACCUUCUCGUUGCGCUUCUCACGACGACAAGAAGAAGCCUUCGCUGCUGCAACUGAUGCGGCAUCCGUCGCUCGUCUGCGUUGGACGUACAUCUUCUUGCCGCCGUCGCCUUUAUCGCGUUCCGUUUGUAUGACACGUUUAUCCAGCACAACCAAUCCUCGGCGCUUGCAUUUGUGUUGGAUUAUGCCAUUGCGCUGCCGAGCUUCGUCCUGGGCGGUGUCGCGACCCUUCCAACUUGCCGCCUCCCUCGUGUACCUAACGACGUUGCGACGUGCCUCGUCUUUGGCAUCGUAUCGCUCGUUCUCAUCGUCCAGAAACUUCUUCACCAGCGACACGGUCCGGUCCUUGAGCUCAUGCUGCUGCUUAUUCCCAUCUUUGGUAUCACCCGCAUGCGCUUCGUACACAGCGCAGCCCUUGGGUCGUUCAUCGUGGGCGUUUACUUGACGGUCCACCUCACCGCCGCCUACGUCGUGCCAGGCGCUGAUACACCGCAUGCCGUCGUGUAUCAAACUUUCAACUACGCAAUACGCGUCUUGGGUGGCCUGGUAUCCCCACUACCGCCAGGUAUAUCUGUCGCCAUCCUUUCGAAGGACUUGUGGACCCCAUGC